GAGACUGAACACCGGCACAUUUUGAGAAAUUGAGGAUCACAGCGCAGUGAGAACCGUUGAUCUCCCAGACGGAAAAUGCCGUCAGGACGACAAAGGACUUCAGCGAAUGCUCUUGACACAUCUGCUGUGACGUUGAACGAAAAAAUCCUGAAAGAAUGCCAUGAUUUGUACACGGAGAAGGAGAGGGGUCUUAUCACUAUUGCGAGUGGCUUGGGAUUAAAUUUACUGGCUCCAAGAAAGAAGAUUACAAUCUUGCUACUUGGAAACCAUUCUGCAGGGAAAAGUUCUUUUAUCAAUUGGUACGUAGAAGAGCAUGUGCAGAAGACUGGUGUUGCAAUAGAGACCCAAGGAUUUACUUUUGUUACAAGUGGAAAGAAACGAGAAUCACUAACAGGAAAUGCCACAUUGCAUCUGUAUCCUCACUUCAAGUCAUUACAGGAUCUUGAAGGUGUUGUAGAUUACUUGACAACUGAAAUUUCUACGUCAAAGCAGAAGAAAUUUAGCCUCGUGACUUUUGUUGAUACUCCUGGCCUUGUUGAUGGGGACAUGAAGUAUGCAUUUGAUGUGGAUGAGUCUAUCCUUUGGUUGGGUGAUCUGGCUGAUCUGAUUUUUGUGUUCUUUGAUCCAAUUGGGCAAGCUCUUUGCAAGAGAACUUUAAAUUUAGUUGAAAAAAUGAAUGAGAAGCAAGGAGAUCGAAUCAGAUUUUUCUUGAGCAAAGCAGACACUGCAGGACAUGAAAGUGACAGGCAGAAAGUGUUAAUGCAGAUAACACAGGAGCUUUGUAAAAGGCCAGGACUUAACAAAGCAGGAUUUGAGAUGCCGACUAUUUACAUUCCCUCGCUACUGGACAAGCCAGCUAAAUGUGCCAAUCAAAUAGAAGAAGUCUGUAAAGAAAUUGAAAAGACAAUUAACCAAACAAUACAAAACACCCUUAACACACUGGAAAAAGACUGUGAGAAAAUUGCGGACUUGGUGGAUGAAAAACUUAGUCUUGAUAUGGAGGCUUGUUCGCAUAAUAUCUGGGCAAGAUUGAAAGGUAUAUUUUUUGGUUUGUUGGGUGUUCUUCUCCCUUUUGUUUUAUUGGUUAACUUCCUAGCAAGUAGCAAUGCAAGAGAAACUCUGUAUGGACUGGUUGCAAAAGAAAGGGCAGAAAAACUCUUUAUUUACACUGCACCUGUUGAAAAAAUGUGGCAGUCAAUCCCAGCUCAGCAUCAUAACCACACCCUCAUAGGAAUGCUUUUGUUCUCAGUUUUGCUGCUGAUUGUUGCAAAGCUUUUAUCCAGACUCAAACCAACACUUUCACGGAAACAGAAGAAGACGUUAUUGGAGCAAAGGUCAUACGUCCAAGGAUAUGUCAAAGGUCACAAGGAUCGGCUCUAUGGGGAAUACCUGCAGCAAAGUGUCGGUUCUCAUGAUUUUGAUUCUGUCAAGUUCUGAUCAGCCUCUUACUAAUCAUCAGAUGUGGAGACCCAACUAAUUUAAAUAUUAUAGCGAUCGUAAAAUACUCGUAAAUAAACUUUUACGCGAAAAAAAAGACAGAAAUAUAAUGUUGACUCAGUGAUUCCAGAUUGGAA